CCCCGCCUAGUCCGCUCGUUCGAUUCUUAUUUUCGCUUUUGCGUUCUUUCCUAUUCUCUUAUUCGUCUCUUUCGACUUGAUGAUGGCGUGACGAGAACGUACGAUCGCGAACAUUAAUUCCAAUAUUAUCAAUUUUAUUUCAAUUCGAUUGUGAUUCUGUGUGAUCGUUCGUGAAACAUUCUCUGUGUUUUCCAAAGGAUAAUUCACAUUUCUAUUGUCAUCUUCGAUAAUAUAUUCAAGUGAAUCACCGCGAUGUCAUCGGAAUAUUCAUUCUGUAGCGAGGGAGGCUUCGACGAACUAUCCAGUUCAUCUGACUCCGGCUUUGAUGUCAGUUUCGAGUCUCCAAAACACGAAUUAUCCGCGGAUGGUCUCUUUCCACCUGUGAAGGAAGACAAACGGAAGAAAACUCGGAAUACGCGGUGCAAAAGUCCAACCCAGGUACUCAGAUUGAAAAGGAAUCGUCGGAUAAAGGCAAACGAUCGAGAACGGCACAGAAUGCACACGCUGAACGAUGCACUAGAAAGACUAAGGAUGGCUUUACCUACGUUUCCCGAAGACACCAAAUUGACGAAGAUCGAGACCCUUCGGUUCGCUCACAAUUACAUAUGGGCUCUCUCUCAAACCUUAGGAAACUCUGAAAGCGGUGAGGUAACCGUCAACGUCGGCAAUGUGACAGUCAGCAUCAGUGAGAACGGUAACAUGAUCACAUCUUCGACCGGAAGUUGUGCUGUAGCUGCACAAAAACGACUUGGACCGAGUCACGCAGCGACAUUUCCCUAUCCUCAGGAAAGAUUCGUGCCGGAAUGGCAAGAAUAUGAUUGCUAUAGCGAUCAAAGUGUCAGUCCACCGAUACCACAACAAUAUCAGCCAUGUUACGAGCAAAGGAUGUAUCCACAUCAUCAAAUUCCUCAGCCACAUCAUCACAUGACUCAUCACAACAGCAUGUAUCAGUGCCUUUAAAAUUUGGACAUUAUAUUGUAUCGUCUGUACUCUUUCGUAUUAGAUUUUCAUUCAACGAAAUAACAGACGAAAUUGAAAAAAUCCUUUGAUCUAUCUGUGCC